AGAGCAGGAGUCGAGAGAUCAGCUCAGCAGCGCACUGUCAUGCCUUCUUGAACUACCACAGCCUUCAUUGUACACUGUAGUCGUACUAAGUCGUUCUUAAGGAUAAGAGAAAACUCGCUCAUUUUGUUUCUGUCGGGAGUCGCAAUAAAAGGAGGCGAAGUCGCGGCUGGAAUAAUUGCUUUCGGUUUGCAAGUAAAGACCAGCCUAUUUGACGGUGUGAGCCUUACAUCAUCGUGAGGCAGUGAGAGACAGAGAGAAAGAGAGAGCGGGAGAGUGAGAGCACUUGCGCCAGGCUCUUCUCUGUCAGUCCUCAGUCGCAAAGCGAGGCUGACGGAUCUCACUGGCGCCUUCGCCUCUCUGCUCCGUGGUCCCUCUCCCGUUUGCCUGCGCACCUCACCGGCCACGAAGAUGCACCGGCAGCGUCCUGCCCAGAGACCGUCGUUGUUAUUACCCCUCGUUUUGUGGAUUUUCUGCCACGUCAACAGUGUUCACGGAGCUCUACCAACAACCCAGAAGUGUGAUGAGGCUCUAGCCUCUCCGCUGCCUCACACGGCCUUCACCAGCUCAUCCGUCUUCUCCAGUGGAUAUGCACCUGGAUAUGCCAAACUCAACAGGAGAGGAGGUGCUGGAGGAUGGUCACCUCUGGACAGUGACCAUUACCAGUGGCUCCAGGUGGACCUUGGUUCUCGAAGACAAGUGAGCGCCAUUGCAACACAGGGUCGGUACAGCAGCUCAGACUGGACGACACAGUACCGUCUGCUCUACAGUGACACAGGAAAGAACUGGAAACCAUAUCAUCAAGAUGGCAACAUUUGGGCAUUCUCUGGAAACUCCAAUUCAGAAAGUGCAGUUCGCCAUGAACUGCAGCAGGGAAUUGUGGCUCGCUUCCUCAGGCUCAUCCCAGUAGGCUGGAGUGAAGAGGGACGUAUUGGUCUCCGCAUAGAAGUGUAUGGCUGCUCCUACUGGGCAGAUGUUAUCAACUUUGAUGGGCAGGGAGUAAUCUCAUAUCGUUUUAAGGUGAAGAAAAUGAAGAUUAUAAAAGAUGUGAUCGCCCUGAGAUUUAAAACAUCAGAGAGCGAAGGUGUAAUUCUCCAUGGGGAGGGACAGCAGGGCGACUACAUCACUCUGGAGCUCCGCAAAGCCAAAUUACUACUGCAGAUAAACCUGGGCAGUAACCAGUACGGCUCUAUCCUGGGUCACACUUCUGUGACCACUGGCAGCCUCCUGGACGACAAUCACUGGCACUCAGUGGUGAUUGAACGCUACCGUCGCAAUGUCAACUUCACCUUAGAUGGACACACUCAGCACUUCAGGACCAAUGGGGAAUUUGAUCAUCUCGAUUUAGACUAUGAGUUAAGUUUUGGGGGGAUGCCAUACAGUGGGAAGCCUGUGGGAGGGGGAAGAAAAAACUUCAAAGGCUGCAUGGAGAGCAUCAACUACAACGGAGACAACAUUACAGACCUGGCCCGCCGAAAGAAACUAGACACUUCCAGCUUUCAGCGUAAUCUGUCUUUCACCUGCGUGGAGACACACACCUUCCCAGUCUUUUUCAACGCAACAAGUUUCCUACAGCUACCUGGUCGAGCCAACCACAACACAGUGUCUGUGGGCUUCCAGUUCCGUACGUGGAACCCUGAUGGCCUUCUACUCUUCAGUAAUCUUGAUGAUGGCACCCUAGAAAUCUCCCUUGAAGAUGGCAAAAUUAUAGUUCAUAUCAACGUUACGACAGAAGCCAAAAAUUACCGGGUGGACUUACUAUCAGGCUCAAGCCUCAAUGAUGGCCAGUGGCAUGCCAUACGCCUGGUCGCCAAAGAGAACUUUGCAAUGUUGACAGUGGAUGGUGACGAAGUGUCUGCCGUGCGUUCCACCUCACCUCUCAGCAUCACCACAGGAGGAACCUAUCACCUGGGAGGGUACUUUUUGCAAACACUGCUGCCACCGUCUCAGCGAUCCUUUCAGGGAUGCAUGCAGGCGAUCCUGGUAGACGACCAACCUGCUGAUUUGCAUGCAGUGGAGAAAGGCACAGUGGGAGCAUUUGAAAACAUCAGCCUGGACAUGUGUGCAAUCAUAGACAGGUGUAUGCCUAAUCACUGUGAACAUGGAGGCAGGUGUAAACAGACAUGGGACAGUUUUAGUUGUAACUGUGAUGGAACAGGAUACAGUGGAGCAACCUGCCAUACAUCCAUCCACGAGCCUUCAUGUGAGGCUUACAAACACUUGGGUUGGUCAUCUGACACCUACUGGAUUGACCCCGAUGGUAGCGGACCCCUUGGCCCCUUCAAAGUUAACUGCAACAUGACAGAAGACAAAGUGUGGACAACUGUUAGGAACAACCUGCCACCCAGAAUAUCAAUCACUGGCUCGAGCAGAGAGAGACGAACUGUCCUCCAAGUCAACUAUAGUUCCUCUAUGGACCAGGUGACAGCCAUCACCACCAGUGCAGAACACUGCGAGCAGCAAAUCAUCUACAGCUGUCGCAUGUCCCGACUGCUCAACACUCCAGAUGGGCCCCCUUACACAUGGUGGGUUGGCCGAGGCAGCGAGAAGCAUUUUUAUUGGGGCGGAUCAGGACCUGGAAUAGAAAAGUGUGCCUGUGGCAUAGACAAAAACUGCACCGACCCUAAGUACGACUGCAACUGUGAUGCAGAUGCCAAACAAUGGAGGGAAGAUUCUGGUCUAUUGACAUAUAAAGAGCACCUGCCAGUUAGCCAGGUUGCCGUUGGUGACACACACAGGCCGGGUUCUGAGGCCAAACUCACUGUUGGACCUCUCCGCUGCCAUGGAGAUAAUAACUACUGGAAUGCAGCAUCAUUCACCACCCCAUCAUCCUACCUGCAUUUUGCCACCUUUCAGGGAGAGACCAGCGCUGACAUCUCCUUCUAUUUCAAGACGAGCGCUCCCUACGGCGUCUUUCUGGAAAAUCUGGGCAACACUGACUUUAUCCGCCUGGAGCUCAAAUCCCCCACAGUGGUCUCCUUCUCUUUCGAUGUUGGCAACGGACCUGUGGAGCUGACUGUGCACUCAUCCACACCCCUCAAUGACGACCAGUGGCAUCGUGUGAUGGCUGAGCGCAACAUCAAAGAAGCAGUCCUCCAGGUGGACCAGGUGUACCGGACAUCCCGGCUAGCGCCCGCACAGGGCCACACACGGCUAGAGCUGUUCAGCCAGCUCUACGUCGGUGCUGCGGGGGGCCAGCGGGGGUUUCUGGGUUGUAUCCGAGCCUUACGAAUGAAUGGCAUCACCCUCAACCUGGAAGAGAGAGCCAAAGUCACGCCAGGGGUUAUGUCUGGUUGCCAGGGUCACUGUACCAGCUUUGGGAUGUACUGCAGGAAUGGAGGGAAGUGUGUGGAGAGGUAUAACGGGUAUUUAUGUGACUGUACCACCACUGCCUUCAACGGCCCGUUCUGCACCAAAGAUGUUGGUGGCUUCUUUGAAGCAGGAACACUGGUCAAAUACAACUUCAUGCCUGAACCAGUUCCAGGGGCCAGUAAAGACACAAAAGCCUUGACACAACAGCUGAUGCCAAAUGACGUGAAUUUAACAAAGGAAGAAGUGACCCUCAGUUUUAGCACAUCCAGUUCUCCAGCAAUUCUCAUGUAUGUGAGCUCCAAGACGCAGGACUACCUGGCUGUGGUGUUGAGAAACAAUGGUUCACUGCAGGUCCGGUAUAACCUCGGCGGUCUGAGGGAGCCGUUUGCAAUAGAUGUGGACCAGCGCAACCUGGCCAAUGGACAACCACACAACAUUAACAUGUCCCGUCAGAACAGAAGCAUCUCCAUCCAGCUGGAUCAUUACCCGCCUGUGAACUACAAACUUCCAGAUGCCUCAGACAUUCAGUUCGACCUGGUUAAGACACUGUUCUUAGGAAAACUCUACGAAACUGGACCCAUAGACCCCAUCCUCAUUGAGAGAUACAAUAGCCCGGGUUUCAUUGGCUGCCUGUCCCGUGUGCAGUUCAACGGAGUCGCGCCUCUCAAGUCUGCUCUGAGAAAAGCCGCAGACUCCCAGGCCGACAGUCACCCUGCAUCUGCCUCUCCUGUGUCCUACCAGGGCAAACUUGUGCAAUCUAACUGCGGGGCUUCACCUCUCACCAUCCCACCAAUGUCGGCUGCACCGAAUCCCUGGCCUCUGGACAACACCGAUGCAGAGACUCCCCUAAAUGAAGAGCGAGUCAUUCCUGAUGGAGUUAACAGGGACUCGGCUAUCAUUGGAGGGAUCAUUGCAGUGGUGAUCUUCACCAUCCUGUGUACGCUGGUGUUCCUGAUCCGCUACAUGUUCCGUCACAAAGGCACCUACCACACCAACGAGGCUAAGGGCAGCGGGGAGUCGGCCACAGAGUCGGCCGACACAGCCAUCAUCGGCACUGACAACCCAGAAACUAUUGACGAAUCAAAGAAGGAGUGGUUCAUUUAACGGGCUGAUGAUGGGACUCAGACAGAGCAGGCAAAAUGCGAGACCAUCGUUGCUCACAGAUGGAGGAAGAUUAAUCAAGUGACCAAUCACUCGCGAUAAAGAGGAGUGACUGUUCAAAAGGACAACAAACUCCCUGAGAAGAUGAGGGUUGUGGGAAAUUUCUGUUCCUUUUUUUUAUAUCCAGAGUAAUAGAAAAAGAAAAGUUGGACGCUUAUCCUGAGGAGUACAGCUGUAAAAGACUAUACAUGUAUAUACUAACCAGCUUAUCCUUCUUUGUAUCGUGCUUGGGAGUUUCCAGGAGUCCUUUGAAUACUGUGUAUGACAAAUAAUUACACUUACUGGGUGGUGUAAUAGCAAAGAUUUAUUGCCAGUC